UUGCACAGAUAAGAUGACGACGAUGGGCGUUGUCCUGCUGCAGCUGAACCAACAGGAGAGUCGGGGAAAUGCCAAGCUGUCAGUGCACGUCUAAAUAGACAAAAGGUCUAAUCAGGCAAUAAAGUUGAACACCCCUGCGUGAGUGUAUUGGGCUUUCUAAUUUAAAAAAAAUGUUCCAAUGCAGCCCUCCUGGCAGAGAUCGACAUGUUUGAACGGUUCAUCAGCCGCAUAGAUCCUCGGGACCUGGUGUCCCAUGCUGGGGAAGACAGUCAGGGGGCAGCAGGAGCCUCCCAGCUGGAGGGUGGGGGUUGUGGAUGGAGGCGGCGGUCCCGGUCCAACAUAUUAGAUCGCCUCCAGCAGCUGACCUUGGAACAAAAACUAUAUGUGGCACAGAGAGAAGUAACAGAGACACGACAAGACCAGGAGAAACUCAAACAGAGAUAUCAGAGAAUUCAGGACAACUACAAGGCCUCUCUGAAAGAGGCAGAAAUGCGUCUUGCAGAAAUCCGGAAGGCUAAAAACGAUUUUGAACGCAGACUGCUCAAACCUUUGAAGGACAACAGGUUGAAAAUGAAGGAGCCUGAGAAAGUCCUUCAUUGCAUCGAAGACAAGACGAAGGUCACCCAGUUGGAGAAGUUUCAUCUGAAGAACCGGGCACUGAAGGUCCACCUGAAGAAGCUCCAGCAGCAGCUUCAACAGAAAAAGGAGACGGGAAAAGCCGAGUACGAGGAAAUGUUCCAGGAGUACUGCGAGCAGAGAAUUGACAGAAACCUGGAUGAACUUCAAGUCAACAAUUUGAAAGUGCAACGUGUUCUCAGUUCACACAAGGAGAAGCUGCAGAGUGUGACACGGGAGUCCACAGAGCUGAGCAAUGACAUCACCAACAGGAAGCAGAUGCUGGCAAAAAUUGAGGAAGAGAUACAGCAUGCUGAGGAGGAGCGUUUAAAGGCAGAGGCUCUCAACCAACACUUGCGCCGCCAGAUGACAUAUUAUCAGGCUCCUGAUAUCACUGAGUACAUUCAUGUUAAGGACAAACACAAGAAGCUGCAGCAGAGCAUUCACACUUGGGAGAGGAAGGUUGGGAUUGCCGAGAUGGCCUUGAAGACCCACACUAAAGCCUGGAGCACACAGAGAGCCACUCUUACUCCUGCAAACAGUGCUGAGGCUGGAGCUAGAUCUCAGCAACACCAAACCCCAUUAAAGCUCCCAUACAUAGCAGAACACAGCACAUAGAGAAAUAGAGAAUCAGAAUCCAGUAGGCUUGGCUUCAUUAAAAAAAACAAUGUACUGUUGGCUUGAAACUUUAAUCCUUAUCAUGUCUUUUAGUUUUUCUUUUUGACUUAUACUCCUUGGUAGAUUUUUACUAUGCACCGUUAUGAAGAAUGAAAUGUACAGUAGCAUGUUGUGUAAAUGUAGAACCUUGCUUUAUCAAGUCCUACUGAAUUAUAUUGAAUAAUAAAAAUGUUGAUUCUUUUA